AUGCACAAAAAGUUGUCAAGAGUUGAGAAAAGUUCUGAGAAGGCAAUAGAAAUAGCUAAGGAUUUUGUCACCUGUGGCCCUGCCCCCGCCGACCUGCGGGCGCCUCCCCGAGCCGAGGACGCACCUGGGCGCCGCCGCCGCGCACCCGCCUCCCGCCCCCGCCGCCGGCUGCCUCUUCCCCCGCCCGAGAGCCGGGCGGCGAGUGUCGGCGGAGCCGCGGGGCUGCAGGCGGGGCUGAGCGCUCGCUGGGCGGACGAGCGGCCCCGCAGGCUCCCACCGAGCGGCCACCGCCGGCAGCCGAGGGAGGGCGGGAGGCGGCGGCGGCCGGACCCGCUGCGCGCUGCCUGGCAGCUCCGGCCCGGCCGUGGGCGCGGCGGGCGAGGGCGAGCCCGGAGCGGCGAGCGGGGGAGCGGCGGGGGCAUGUGGAUGUUGGCCGUCGCCUUGCUCCACAGCAUCUCCCAUGGUCUUCUGACUUGAGAACUUCCUCUCUCACC